CGAGGGUACAACGGCUUGAAGCGGUGUUUUUGUACUCAGUGCAGAAUGGCGGCUGCUGCGUGCGGUCCGCUUAUCGCUUGUCCGGCCAACACGCGUAAAAGCAAAGACACGCGAAAAAGACGCGCGGCUCUGUUGUUUCUCACUAACAUUUCCCUGGACGGCCGGCCGGUGAAUCACAUAAACAACGCGGUAGAGUUUGAGGUCGGUCCGGCGGCGAACUACGGCACCUUUUCUAACCUGUCUGAUGCGCGUGCACUCCUCAGUGUGCCUCGUGCACUCCUCAGUGUGCCUCCUAUUCUCCUUUUGCCCUCUGACUCGGAUUACGAUCACGCUGAGAGCACGGAGACAUUUCCGGGAUCUUUUAGCUCCUCUCAGGGCAACCUGCUGUCCCCCUGCAGCCUGCAGCCAAGUCCAGUUGGAGCGCGGAAGUCCCUGCUUUCCGUCCAGAGCUGUGCAUCAUCACUGGAUUCCAGACAGAGGACACGCAACCUGUCGGGGUCUCAUUGGCCUCGCUCCUUGAAGAAAGUUCACUUCAUUAAGAACAUGAGACAGUACGACACAAGAGGCAGCAGGAUCGUGCUUAUCUGUGCCAAGAGAUCACUGUGUGCUGCGUUUUCUGUGCUGCCAUAUGGAGAGAGCUUCUACAUAAGCGACCCAGCCCUGAGCACCCCCAGACGGAGGCAUUCAUCUGGGGGAAUAUCCACCACUCUAGAGAUGCUUCCUGGCCUAGAGGGGGUGGAGCUUGGCAUGUAUGGCAGGACAGUGUCUUAUGCCCAGUUUCUUUACCCCACUAAUGCACUGGUUCGUGAAAAGCCACCAGAAAUCGCUCUGCAGAUACCUUACUCCAGAAACAGCAUCCCAUGCAGCAGCUGCCCUCCAUCUCGCCUCAACAGCACAGUAGGCUUCGACUUGGAUGAUGCUGAUUAUGACCCCGACCUGCUAAGUGACCCUCAGUGGCCUUGUGGGAAGCACAAGAGAGUGCUGAUCUUUGCCUCCUAUAUGACAACAGUAAUCGAGUAUGUGAAGCCAUCAGAUUUGAAAAAAGACAUGAACGAGACCUUUAAAGAGAAAUUUCCUCACAUCAAGCUGACACUCAGCAAGAUCAGAAGUUUGAAGCGAGAGAUGCACACAGUAGGGGAGGAAUGCGCGCUGCAGCCGGUCACCAUCGCCAUGGCAUUUGCGUACUUUGAGAAGCUCGUCCUUCAGGGUCGCCUCAACAAGCACAACAGGAAGCUGGUGGCCGCCGCUUGCCUCCUGCUGGCUGCCAAAAUCAGCAGCGACUUCAAGAAACAAGAAGUCAAACAGCUAAUUGAUAAGCUGGAGGAGAGGUUCCGCCUUAGUCGACGUGACCUGAUCGCCUUUGAGUUCACCAUCCUGGUGGCUCUUGAGAUGGCCCUCUACCUUCCCGACAGCAAGGUCAUGCCACACUACCACAGACUGACCCAGAAACCUUGUUGAACUGCUCGGACUGAGGACUGACUCUGACUCUUCCUGACUAUGAAAGGAAGGAAAAGAAAAGGUUAUGGUUUAGCGGCUGUCCGUGGUGCAGUAAACUACACUACAGUAAGCUCCAAGGGAAGAGGUAGAGGACCUAUUUACACUCCUCAGGCUAGUAGUGAGUCUGUGUGUUUUAUAGUUAAUAUUAACUUCUGUUUUGGUUUUUACUUCUUGUCUCACAUGGCACUAAUGUGAGGGGGAUUAUAUGGCAGUAAUGCUAGACCAAGAGGAGGUCUAAUGAUCAAUUCCACAAAUAACAAGGGAAAGAUUUUCUCUGUCUGUCUGCCUGUCUGUCUGCCUGUCUGUCUGUCUGCCUGUCUGUCUGCCUGUCUUGUCUGUCUGCCUGUCUGUCUGUCUGACUUCUGUGUCAGUUUGCCAAAAAUUCUCUUUUUUUGUCUUUAAUUUAAAACAGAACUCACCCUAACUACUUCUUGUCUACAAAUGAUUACAUUCAGACAUUUCCCACAUUAUAGAAAAGUUUUAUUCGUCUGUAUUUUAUACAGCACAUGCAUUUUGAACACAGUUUAUGUUACUUCCAUCACACACCCGUAGCAUGGUAUGUGAUCAGAUUCCAUGUGCAGUAUCCGGGUGUGUUCUGAGAUUUAGACGAGAUUUUUAAAGCUCGGGGUGAAAACAGUGCUCUAUAUUAGAGCUGAUAUGAACACAGGCACAUUCACUGUGCUUCUGUCUUUUGUGUGAGUUUCGACUUUUCAGCUUGAUCGAGCUUUUAAAAUAUAGCGUGUUACACGUUUCCUUUCUAAUUGCUGCUUUGUGUAGUAUGCUUAGAUAAUAGUUAGUAUGCCAGUAGAAAUGUGUGUAAUACAGAAGGCAAUACAAAGCCCCAGCACUUCCUGUUUCGAAUACUGAAAAGCACAGAUUAAUCAUAGUGAUUAAUAAUACUCUGUGUAACAGCACUAAUAAUUAAUUGCGCUUUCAUUUUCAAUGGAAAGCUUUUGAUGUCAUGCUGUAAAUGAAAAUCAUCUUGUGGACACCAAUUGAGUUGAAAUAUUUAAAAACAAUAAUCUGUCAUUCCAGUAGGGGGCAUAAUAGAGUAACAAUCUACGUUUCAUUUUCUUACUGCAACCACAUAUUUUUUUUUCCCCCGUAAGAAGUGAUUUAGGGUUUUUCCAAGAAGCGAGCACAAAUACUUAUGUAUAUGUUCAUCUGUAGAUGAUGUUUAAUCUGUUUGUGCGUUCAGAUUACAGGUUGGAGAGAUAUUGGUGUACUACACUGUAGUUGUUUUUGGUCUGGAUUAAGUGUAAUAGGUCCGUUCUUUACACCACUGAGGUGUUAAAUGAUCAUUUCCAUUACAGCUGCCAGGGAGGGAAAGUAACGUGGAAAUAGUAUUACAGCAGUCUUUAGGUUUUAUUUAUUUAUUUUUGGGGGGAGGGUUUAAGAUCAAAAGAUGAAUAUGAGAUGAUAGAUCUCAACAUCUAUCUGUGUGAAAUUUGUGUGACCUUUUGUUUGCUUGAGAGGAGACUGUAGGUAGAAGCCCCCUAAUACAAACAACAACUGAAAGCAUGCGUGCUACAAGGCAGGAAAAGCAUCAGACGUGAAGAAUGCAACAGUUUGGUGAUGUCAGUGGGUGACCUGCGUGAUGUUGGUGUAAGUGCUAUUUACUUUACGAGUAUCUGUGACCUUUUAUAUGUCGUUUAACAAGUGAUGUUCAGGCCUGCCCUUGGUGUUCCAAUACUUUUGAAUGGGGCUCGGGUUUUCCCUUACACAAUGCAAAACAGCUGCAAGCCUUGUGCUUAUUCGUGUUUAUUUUGCACUUAUUAUGAUUUUAUGAAGGCUGCAUACAAAACCCAUGAGUAAUAUCUUCCAGCAUCGAGCGUUCAAUAAAACGCUUCAGACGUAGCCGCUGACCUAGAAUCAAUUAGAACACUGUGUUCAUAUCACGUCUUCCUUCCUUCAUACCGUAAUAUUAUCCAUUUUAAUAACGUCUAAGUAUACUUCAUUAGCACCUGCUGGAGUUAUGUGUGUUUUAUAUGUGUGGUGAUCUCCCUGGAGAGAUACUGUACUCUAUAUGACAAAUACAGACAUUUGCACUUUAGGUGUGUGUGUGUGUGUGUGUGUGUGUGUGUGUGUGUGUGUGUGUGUGUGUGUGUGUGUGUGUGUGUGUGUGUGUGUGUGUGUGUGUGUGUGUGUGUGUGUGUGUGUGUGUGUGUGUGUGUGUGUGUGUGUGUUAAUGAACUGUUUGUUACUUUGAGUCUAUUAUAAAUGUAUAAAUCAGGGUAGUUGAUGCAAACGGAGCAAUUCUUGACUGCUUUAAAUCUUAUUAUGCAAUAUUUUUUUUGUUAUUCACUGUGUGACCUAUGAUGUUAAAAUGGAACUGUUGUUAAACAUUGGCAAUAAUUAUAAGUUUUUAAAAAAAGAUUUUUCAUAGAAGACAUGUUUUUCCUAUUUUACAUUUUCACACCCAGUGUUUGUUUGUCUUUUUUUUUUUUUUAUCUUUAAAUUUGUAACCCAAGCAUUUCAAGUUGAAAUCUUAUCUAAUAUGUGUUGUUAAGUGGGGACUUGGAUUACUGGACAUUCAAGCUUCAUCGUAAGUGCCUGAGUGAAUGAUCUGAUUAUUUGUAAAUGACAGUUUGAACGCCAAACUUCAAUAGAAUCAUCAGUAAAAUACAUCACUGUGAUUUAUUUAUUAUUAUGGUCAACAGCAGCAUUAAUUAUCUUCAGUUCUCAAACUGUAAACUCUUGUCAUUUAAGCAGUCCAGCACUAAAAGCUCAGAUUUAGGAAAGCACUGUGUUUCAUUCCUGCGUUAGAGCAGGAAAAACAUAGCAGCAUGAUGUCACGUGUGUGAAGGUGGCGAUCUAACAAAUACCUUAUUCCAGAUUUUCUAUGUUUAGGUAAUAAUGAGCAGUUUAACCUUCAUUUUCUGUCACACGCAACAUGUUUCUGAGAAAUAACACAUUCUCUAAUCCAUGCAGCAUCUGUUCAAUCUAUACUGUAUACACUUUGAAAUCGAACCAAAAAUAUUGUCUCAUUUUCGAUAUCCAGUGACUUAUCUGUUCGGACAUCUAGGGGAAGUUCGUUCUGCCGCUUCGGAAGAGAGAAGAGCAAUCAAAUCCUAAAUUCUCAGCUCAUUGUCAAUUUCCAGUUUUUAACAGUGAAACAGAGUAUAGGAAAGAAGAAAAAAGAAUGUUAUACAAAAGAAAAAACUCUUUCACACACACACACACACACACACACACACACACACACACACACCCCGAUCACACGCCAGCUGAAGGAGACCUGGAUUGAACAGGGAAUAAUAGUUACAAAGAUGUAUGUAGUUGGACUGAUGUACGUGGAUAUAUUUAACAACCUGUAGAGAAAAGCUCAAAGAAGGAAAGUGGUGGUUGCCAUGGAGAUUCAAAUAUGCGGAGGCAACAAUAUCGAUAUAUUAUCACUUAUCCUUCAGCCCGAAACCAUGAACUGUCUAAAUAUAAUUUCAUUUAUUUGAAUAGCACUUAGCACAUUGUCUCAAAGCAGCUUUACCCAAAUAUAGAAACAGAAUAAAACAUUUCAAUUAUAAAAUGAAGUUACUAUACAGUAUAUCUCUAAAAUCUAUCGCUAAUGAGCAAAUGACGGUGACAAGGAAAAAACCCCUGAGAUGAUAUGAGGGCUAAUAUUCUCAAAGCUCAUACUCCGAAUCUAGGUGGUGUUUCUGUAAAUUCCUAAACAAAUGAGAAAUUCUGCGAAAUUUAUUUUUCUUUUCAAAACAGAUAAAGAUUGAACAGAUGAUGCAAGAAAUAUCUUUGUUUGAAUCACUUUGUUGUGUGUGCGUGUGUGUGUGUAAACCUGCUCAUGUACUGUGUGUAUUGAACCUGUAUUAUGAGUGUUGUCUGUAAGAGACCUCUGUAAGAAAGAGCACUUUCAAAUAUAUAUAUUUUUUGAUUUCA